GGGUAUGACUGAGAACUACAGCUCCUGGUCUGGCCGCGUCGGUGGCAGCUGCGGAGGAAGAGUUGAUCAAGACGGCCCUCAGGGGGGGAACCGCUGGUGGUGGUGAUGUUGCGCGCCGACUUUCUAGGGUAGCGAACUGAAAGGGCGCUUUUUCUGCGCGCUGGCUCCCCGUGCCCCGCACCGGCCAUGCGCCCGGCCUUCGCGGUGGGCCUGGUGUUCGCAGGCUGCUGCAGUAACGUGAUCUUCCUAGAGCUGCUGGCCCGGACACAUCCAGGAUGCGGGAACAUUGUCACGUUUGCGCAGUUCUUAUUUAUUGCUGUGGAAGGCUUCCUUUUUGAAGCUGACUUGGGAAGGAAGCCACCAGCUAUCCCAAUAAGGUACUAUGCCAUCAUGGUGACCAUGUUCUUCACUGUCAGCGUGGUGAACAACUAUGCCCUGAAUCUGAACAUCGCCAUGCCGCUGCAUAUGAUAUUCAGAUCAGGCUCUCUGAUUGCCAACAUGAUUCUAGGAAUUAUCAUUUUGAAGAAAAGAUACAGUGUGUUCAAGUACACCUCCAUUGCCCUGGUGUCUGCGGGGAUAUUUAUUUGCACUUUCAUGUCAGCAAAGCAGGUGACUGUCCAGUCUGGCUUGAGUGACAAGGACGGAUUCCAGGCCUUUGCAUGGUGGUUACUAGGUAUUGUGGCACUGACCUUCGCUCUGCUGAUGUCGGCAAGAAUGGGCAUCUUCCAGGAGACUCUGUACAGACAGUUUGGGAAACAUUCCAAGGAGGCGUUAUUUUAUAAUCAUGCCCUUCCACUUCCUGGUUUCAUCUUCUUGGCCUCUGAUAUUUAUGACCACGUUGUUCUGUUCAAUAAGUCUGAACUCUAUCAAGUUCCAGUCAUCGGUGUGACGAUGCCCAUCAUGUGGUUCUACCUCCUCAUGAAUGUUGUGACUCAAUACGUGUGCAUCCGGGGCGUGUUCAUCCUUACAACAGAGUGUGCCUCCCUCACCGUCACACUGGUUGUGACUCUGCGCAAGUUUGUGAGCCUCAUCUUUUCUAUCUUGUACUUCCAGAACCAGUUCACUAGGUGGCACUGGCUGGGCACCUUGUUUGUCUUCAUUGGGACCAUAAUGUACACAGAGGUGUGGAAAAACCUCGGGACCACAAAAAGUCAGCUGCAAAAGGAUGACAAGAAGGACUGAGGUCUGCCUGGGACAGACAGACGAUGUUAUGUGAGAGCGGCCUCUGCUGCAGGUCUGGCAAUCAUUUCACUUUAGCUGAUGUCAAAUUACCAGAGUAUUGAAGCAGACGGGCUCCAGAGCUUCCUCCGAAAGGAUGGGGCUCAUCUGCUCUCACGAGUCUGCGUUUGUAGACUCCACAUAGGCAUCCCUGAGAUAGAAUAAACAAAACAAACAAGGCUACCAGGCAGACUGUUGGGUUGCCUCCGCAUUUGCUUUUCUAUUUCCAGAACAUCUGAACCAUAUUUGUUGAAUUCCGAGUCUCAGAGCUUCUAGUUUUCUACCUGUGUCGAACUUGUUGCCACCGACGACUCUUUGCUGUGUACCUCUUUCCUCCCUCCACCCCUCCAUACUUAAGCACUUUGCAGCAUAGCCAACAUUCCAGGCACAAUCAGGCACUGAGUGAUCCAGUGGACAUACAAAAAAUUAGACCCUAGGAGUGAUGCGGCCAGACUCCCUCCAGCGUGUUGGUGUUGGGAGAAAAGCAGUUGUCCCCAUGAGCAGAGCCCUUGAGAUCCGUGAGCUGGAUGCCAGUGAUGCUGGAGUAGACAGGUGGAUCCCACCACGCACAUUUCACGUUAUUUAAUUAAUCGAUGCAAAGAUCACAGACUUCUUUCACCUGCUGCUUUCUGUAGUUAGACCGGUCCUGCAGCGCUCAUUGCACAUUAGAAAGGAAGAAAACUUGGAAGUGGAUUGAGAAGAGGGAGGCCUUUCCUUCCAUCUCCCACGAGAAGCCCCUUGGCCUGUUUACGGAGAUGGAGAAGGAAGUGUGGCCCAAUACAGCUCACUCCUGCACACUCUGAGAGACUGUUGCCCCUGUGAACCCGGCCACACACUCCCAUGGGAUUCCCAUGGGUUUCAAAUAUAUGUCUGUGAGAGGCGUUAAGACCUGGCAGCCAGAAGAUACUUCUGAGAAUUAUCAUCUGUCAAGUCAUUGAUGAUGAUUGAUACACAGGUGUGAGUGUGGUCAAACCCCAGCUGCCACAGGGUGAAGUCUUCUUGUCCCAUAUAUAUGGGACUGCUUUUGGUGGGUGUGCAUGAGAGGUGGCAUGACACAGCAUGUUUACAUACAGAAACAGGCCUGCCUCUUUUCUGCUGAUCACCCUGAAGGUCUGAUUUUCCUCUCUUGGAUCCCCUUGAGGAAGAGUAACCCUGUCACACAGCAUGUGGCGCUUGUGUGCCCUCAGCUGGAUUGUAUGUGAUUGAAGAACAAGGACAUCCAUUUUGCUUUGUUUCCUCUUCCUCACUUAGGGCCAGACCCUCACUACCCUCACCUAGCCAUCUGCUCCACUGCAAACAGCCAUUCGCACUGUUUCUCUCGCCUUCCAUUCUUCCACUAUGCGCUGACUGUGCUCUUAGACUGAGGUGUGGCUCUCGGAGUCUCCUUGGCUCACUCGUAUUCUUUGGUGCCCCCUCUGAAGAUGCUCUUUGAUGGGUCUGAACAGCAGCAGCAAAGAGAACUAACUGUCCUAGUCCUCUGGGUCCCCUGGGAAGGCAGCCAGACUUCUUUGACUUUGUGUUACAUUAAAUGCAGAUACUGUUUCUCUGCCUAAGUCCCCUGGUUUGCAGACUGAUUGUCAUUCUGGCCAUUGACAGCUUCCCAGUGCUGGUAAGGGUCUGUUCUCAAAGACACUGAAUUAGAUGUGAACCCAUUCACAGUCCCAGAAGUUCCGUAGCUACUUUGAAAUAUGUGGGAUUGCCUGGACCAGUGUUGCUAUAAAUACCAAGUGUUAAAUGCCCCCUUAUAAAGACAGUAAUAAAAAGUACUUUUUUCUUCCAGUUUAACAGAAGACUCUGUCCCUCAGGGCUCCUGACGCUCCAUUCUGAUUACUCCUAACAGGCUAUAUAUAACCUUCAGUUACCUAGAGCUUCCCUUUUUAUGUUGGGAGAAGUAUGACACAGCUUGUAGUUCCCUGAGACUGGCUGAUACAAUCUAACUGGACUGGAAGGGUUUCAGAAUGUGUAUCCCUUUGUGAGUUUUGUUGAAGGAGCUGUAAGAACAGAUAAGGGUGUGAGCUCUGCUCCCUCAAGCUAGCAAGUGCCCCAGCUGCUUCCUGCCCUGCAGUAGACAGAAGGAAAUGUAUCAGACUCUAGUUACAGUUUUGUAAAAUCACCCUUCUAAAGGUUCUGUUUUCCUUCUCAUUGUGUAUGUUCAUUGCACAGGACCCUGUCGCUGGACACUUCCCUGCAGUUGAGUACUUUCCACACGCUCUCCUCUCCCCGUGCUGUCCACCCAUUAGGCCCCGCUGUUCCCCUGAAUAGUUUGCCUUCUACCUUCAGAUAGCAUACACACUGUGGUUUCAUGUCUCUCUACAAAGCCCAGGAACUACAAAUAUGAGCACACAUACACUGUUUAUCUUCCCCACACCAGCUAACUCCUUAAUAGGAACAUCUCUGGAUACAUCCAUAAAAUCACUCUUUAUAAAAGUCAGUCCUCUUU